AUGCAUCAGAAGGUGAAAAAGUAUAAACUGUUUUCAAAUAAACACCCUGAAAUACCUUGGUACAUUGUAAGUCAUUUUUAUAGACAUUUUUAUUGGUUUUUGUAUUUUAUGAUGGUAAUGAUGGUAAUGAUAAUGAACCUGAUGAUCGUCUUGUCCUAAUUUUAACUUAUAUUUCAAAUUUUCCAUUUGGCAAUCUAAAAUCACAACAGAAUUGCCAGAAGAAGGAUUCCAAGUGGCAAAAGGACACCUUAUGCAAGAUUACAUAACACACUCUACUGCUGACAUCUCCACUUCUCUCUGAAAUGAGCUCAAUUAGGUCUGUAACUCUGUGAAUGAUUACAAAAGCAGAGGAACACAAAGUGGGAGUCUAAUUUGUCAAUCAUGAGUAUCAUUACCGACUGAAUUUGAAAACAGAAAAUUUGUUACUAAUAAAUUAUAGCCAUGACAACUUCUGAAGUAAAAGAAAUACAUUUGUUUUAGACAUGGUCUAAAAUUAAAAACUCCUCCAUUUUCAAAAUUCCCUAGUUUUGUAGAGAAAGUGGUUGUUACUAUGGUCAUUGUGAUCAAUUCCUGUGAUUGGUGGAUUUAGCUGAGAGGACUUAGUAUGAUUGGCUGCUUAUUUAAAACUAUCAGAUUACAGGUGUUCGAUUGCAGCCAACUGUGUGCUUACACUAUCAGAUAACUUGACAGAAUAUUUGGUGAAAAAAUAAAGCAGCUAAUGCACCAUUCACGUUAAGGUAUUCCUCAAGGCUUAAUGGUUUUUUUUUUCACAUAUUAAAGAUAAUUGAUGAACUGGUCUCCUUGCAAAAAUGUCAAUUGGAAGAUGCUAUGUUUACAAAAUAUACACAAUUGAAGUUUUUUUUGAAGGAAGAAUUUUGUUGUAUAUAGAGAUGUGAUGCUGGAGUAAACAUGCUUUUGUAUUUUAACUGCUGAAAAUAGGGAUAGUAGGCAUGGAAAACAUGGUUAUGAUGAAAAACAAAGAGUUUCCUCAAUCUUAAGGCCAGUUAUCAGUCAGAGAAGAAAACAUGUCAUGAUAAGACCCUACAUUCAUCAACUUUACCACUGAAUGAUAUUUUGCCCAGGUUUGAAACUUGGCAGGGGAAAACUACAAGGAAAAACAAAACUUUUAGCCACACUGGACUCUUAAGAAUGGAUUGUUUCUCAAAUCAAGUUAUUUUACUUUUUGGGCAGUGGAAAUUUUAUAAUUUCAGCCAUAAAACAGUUGAAAUGUAAUACUUCAAGUGACGGCAAAAUUAAUCAGAUAACUUAAAUGUGUCUUUGGAAUUAAACUACUUGAAAACUGUCCAACUGUCCUCUAGGAAUACUUUAAUUGUAAUGAUUGUGAUCAGAACUGGUAGUGUUGUGUCUUCAUUCCUCUCCUUGUCUUUAAUGAUAACGUAGCACCAAUUGGGGUUAAUUGACAUCCUUCUCUGUAACCUAGGUGUUAAAAGUUUUAUUUUACCUACCAUGGCAACUAAAAUGAUCACAGCUUGAAGUAUGGGAUGACAUUGCUUAAUAUCAUUGAUAAUACUUCUUAUCAGGCUUACUUUUAUUCUCAUUUUUUGGAUUAAAGAAUAGACCUGAGGGAUCCCAAGGCCCAACAUUGAAUGUUGUUUCUGCCUGGAAGGCAGGAUACACAGGAAAAGGAAUUACAGUGGCAGUAGUUGAUGAUGGAGUUGAUGGCAAUCAUCCUGAACUAAAGGAAAACUAUGUAAUUAUUUUUGGCUCAUUCUUAUGUUUUGUUUUUCUUUUACAUUGAAUUCAAAAGAACCCUAAUUGGCCUUGUUGGUAAUGAAGUGAAUUUUUAGACAAAAUUAAUUUGUGCUGAAUGGGAAGGCAAUAUGUAAUGCUUGAUUAAUUGGUUAUUAGCGCAUACAUGAUGGUGCUAUUUGCUUGACAUGCAUUUGCAUUUAAAAGUGCAGCAGUGAUAGAAUAACAUGUGUUGUGAUCCUGUUUUACCCCUGUACUUGAAUGUUAGUUUGUAACUCUGAGGUUCAUACUGAGGAUUGGAAAGACACCAACACAUUAAAGUUACUUCUUUCCAUCCCUGGUGAAAAACCUCACAGGAUCUUUGAGGAUCUUCAAGGAUUGACAAAGACCUAAUUUACAACUACCGGUAGUUCUGUCUUUAGGACAGAUAAACCUAAAGGAAAUAAAGGCAAAUCUCUCUUUUUACGUUCAUAUGAUAUGCCUCUAGUGCAGGAGACUUAUACAGUGUUAAUACUUAUCUUGCGGAAUACAACGUAAAUGUUUACACAAAUCCUAUUUAGAGGCAAAGACAAAAAUUUCUCUAUAAGUAUUCCGAUGGGAAGAUGAUUUUCCUUGGAAUAAUUUGGUCCCUUUAAUAGUAUUCAACUGCACAUUACAAUUUAUUAUGAAUGAAAUAAAUUUGAGCUUAAGCUAAAUGAAAGUUUUUUUUAAUGACAGGCAUUCUUAAACCAAGAUUUUUGUUUGUUGAUGUAUUUUGUAUUUAACAUUUUUCAUCAGAGAAGUGACUUAAGUUUCGAUUAUGUGAAUAACCAUCCCUCAGAACAUGGAGCAUCUGUAUCUGGGUAUGUUGAUUGUUAACUAACAUACAUGUAACUUCAUUUACUGUAUCUGUGUGUUGGGAAAAAGUAAACUAGCAGGGUACCAGUAUGCAGUUAUGGCUGGGUGUGUAAUCAUAAUCAGUAAAAACAAAAAACAAAAAACAAAAAAAAUUUUAAAUAAAUUAAAUGAUCACUACAAAGCUCCUUGGUAAGUUUGUUUGAUGCAUGUAUAUAAAUUGUUUUUUUCUCGGUUUUCUUUUUGGAGAACAUGUAUGGUUUAUUUUCAUGAUACUGAAAAUGCUUAGUAAUUAUUGGAUGGGGUUGAACAUGAUAACAUGAAUUAUCAAAACUGAGGUCUUGGUUACAUGUUGAUGUAUCAAUGAAACCAUUUACUAUACGUACUGAAUCUGCUGAAGGCAAAGGCUGAGGCUGAUAACACAGACAUGAGGUUUGAUAAGUAGAGGUAAUAAGACUGAGUGGAGUCCCAUUGUGUCUGUAAUCAUACUUGUGAUAACAAAAUUGGACAACCGUGGAGUGGGAGGCCAAUCUGCUUUGGAAAAAAAGGGUAAAUUUUAAUUAAGAGUGACAAAGGAGGUCUGUACACUGUUUCUAUGGUGAUUGAAACCAAGGUUGUGAUUGGUUGAUUUAUACUACAAUUUUGAAUGUGAUUGGCUUAUUGAACUGUCCAAUAAUAACUUGGCAAGUGAAUUAGUAGAAAGUAGGAGUUUUUAACCAGUCAUGAUAUAGUGCAAAAAACCAAAUUCAAUUAUUAUUUUAUUACACAUUUGUUUAACAAUCUGCAAAAGAAGACAACUCUUUUUGAAUUUGAAAAAGUUUGAGAACACUUCAAAGAUAAGGGGCGUGGAAAUUAGGCAGACUCUGAACUUAGACAUAACAAAUAAUGUACCUGCUUCAGAAAAUGGGUUAUCAUGUCAGCUUCACAUGUUAUUGUAUCUUGAUGGUAUGUUCUUGGCCAAUCAGAUUUUUCAUAGUAUUAGUCCAAUGUGUAUAUCUAACAAGCUCAAAUGGAAUAGUUGUUUCACUAAAAAUUUCACUAAAUUUUAAACAUGGAUAUGGAUAUUUGGAGCUUUAUGAAACCAAAUUUUCAACUCCACAACACCUAGAGCAAGGCAUCUCCAUAUAAGGUGACUUAGAAUGUGAGCUGAUAACUGGAGUUGAAUGAACCAGUUAGAAGAUUAGAAAUGAAAUAUCCAAUAGCUACAAGUGGGUAAUGGACAAGGAGGGUGUGGAUGUUAUUGUGUCAGAUGUUGAAGUUUGUGGGGUGAAAUUAUCUGGACUGUAUGUAAAUCAAUACUGCAGUUGAUAAGUGUUUCAGGUCAAACACUUGUUAAGAUCAGCUUAAUGUAGCUCAAACCUACAAGAAAUAAAAUAAUAUAAAUUUCAGAUGAUUUAUUGAGACAUUACUAUCGGAUUACCAUUUGAAUUCUGAAGGUCAAGGAUUAUGUUAUCUACCAAAAUCUUCAGUGUUAGUUGAUAUCACAAACCAAAAGUUGUGUGAGGAAGCGAGACCAAUAUUUACGUAAUGCAAUUUACUUGUAGCCAUGGCAAUAAACGUGCAGGUGUCAUAGCUGGAAAACGUGGUAAUGAUUUAUGUGGAACAGGACUGGCUUAUGAAGCCAGCAUUGCAGGUAAAAGCAUCACCCUAGUAGAUUAAUUUUACUGCCUUUUCGCUCCUAUAGGAUACUACACAGGUUGUUGAAGAGUCUCACUUUUUCACUCAACUAAGUUUUAACUAAUGUCAGUCAGGGUAUAGACUUGGAUGACUUAACCCCCCCCCCUCCCUCCCCCAAAAAGUAAGGAAAUGGAAAAAAUUCGGAAUGUAUUAACCAUCCAAAAUGUAUGUGCACAAUCGCAUUUUGUAGUAGUACCUGAUAAAAAAUAGCUCUUAACACAGCAUUUGUGUAAGAUUUUCUGAGGUGGGAAAAUCUUUGAGAGACAUUUGUCAUUAAAAUGGUAAUUGUAUUUAUAUGUAGCAUGUCCCCACUUUGUAUCUUGAGGAUAAUCAAAUACAGUUAAGGUUUGGAAAAUUUUUGCCAUAAAAUGCCGCAGAGAUUGCCAAAUAUUCUCGAACGUUAUGAUGAAAAGCCCCGGUCAACGUCAUCGCGGCUUUUUUCUAUAUCAUGCUUGAUCAUAGACAUGUCAAAACCAAUCAACAUUAGAAUUUGAAGCGUUAAAUCAUUAAAAGGAAGUUGAGGCAAUCUUACUUUCCUUUGUCUCAGGUGUUCGCCUCUUUGGUUCUGGCGUUUCGUCGACUGACGCACAGCAACUCUCGUCCUUGAUACAUAAACUAGAAUACAUUGACAUAUAUUCCAACAGCUGGGGGCCUGGGAACAUAGGCUGGGAAGUAAAAGGUCCUGGACCGCUGGCCAGUAAAGCUUUAGAACUUGGAACAACAACGGUAUUGUAUACUGACAGAGAAUGAACAGACCUUUCACCAUUUUGUCGGCCUUGUGUCGUGUAAUUUGGUAGAUGUUCUGUCCAUCCUCGUCAUUCGUUUUGAAUUGCGUUUAACCCCAUAGUCGUGGCAUACUUUAAAGUUUGGAGAAGGUUCCUUCUUAUGAGGUUGGGUCGUUGCACAUUGUGUGCUUUCGAAUUGAUGAGGUUCUUCUAUAAAAGCGGUAAAAGGUGUCAACGCAGUUAUAUAGGUACUAAACAAAAAUAUGUUUGGUGUACCUGAGGUAACAAAAUGAUAUGAUAAAUGGUACAGAGAGGGAUCAAGGUGACAAUUGUAAUGGCAUUUCUAGAAAGGAAAAGGUAAAACUUGAGCCCCUCUCGUUACCAGCAAUAUACUGCUGUUCCAGGAUUGGCCUGAUGGCGUUGGGUUCAUACACAAAUAGAUCUCGAGAUACGAGCAUGCUGCGAAUGGUCUGUGGAAGCCACAACAUCCAAACUAAAGUGCCGUCGGAACCAAAAACAUGUUCCCCUUUUCAUGAUACUGAGGCCAUGUAAAGUCUUAUUAUCUUUUUCUGAUAACGUGAUUCCUUACUUUUUACUCUCCUUUUUGGCGAUAACUGUCUUAUUUACAGUGCGUUCACUGAACUCUGACCUGCAAAUUUCGGGGGCUAUUGUUUCGGUAUCCUCUAUGAUUGUUUCUUAUAUUCUGAAUGGAUAGAUGUAAAGUAACAUACAAUUUAUCAUGUAAGGAGUAUGUGCACGUGGAUUUGUGAUCAGUUACCGCACUCUUUGGAGGUUCUACAAAUGUUUAUGCCUGGAACUUUGUGUAAAUCUAGGGUCGUGGUGGCCUGGGUGCCAUCUACACGUUUGCGGCUGGUAAUGGAGGCCUAGGGGGAGACAGUUGUGCAUACAAUGGUUAUGUAAAUAGUAUAUACACCAUUGCUAUUACCGGUGUGAAUCAUGAUGGAUCCCUGCCCACCUAUGCUGAGGAGUGCCCCGGAAUAAUGGCUACCGCUUAUAGUUGGGAUUCAUACAAAAACAGAAACGCCAGGGAUUCAGACAAACAUAUUAUUGUAAGUGGAGUGAAACAAAACUGUCGUUAGCCAAACCGUAAUGGAAAUCUCAUUUCUUAGGGCAAUGAGAACUUGUGAAGCAAAUGACUUUACCAAACUUUCCAUUUGCGCUUUUUGUUAAUUUUCUGAUUUUCCUCUCCAAUGUUUUGCUAAAUUUUCUGUUUUCGUUUGAGACAGUUUUACCCUUUCAAUUUUGUCAUAUGAAUUUAUGUGAGCAGUGGUUAGCGACUGUUUUAGUUGUGUGGCUGAUUCAGUUUUAUAUAUCAUUUAGACGACUCAAGGUUGAUAACAAGGAUGGAUGUGUUCAUAAUUUCUCGGAAUCGUCAGCGGCUGCUGCAAUCGCAUCAGGAUUGAUUGCACUAACCCUGCAAGCAAAGUAAGAUUAUUACGUCAUUGGCUUAAACUUGAGAGGGAAGUGGCUGAACAGAAAAUGAUUUACCCUAUUCCUGUAGACCACUAGUCAGGAGUUUGGCAAAGGAAAAAGGGGGAAGGUUGAGUCCCAGGUGCAUAUGAUGCCUCUAUGUCGAGACAAAGUGAAAAUUGGUAAUGCUACUAAAACACUAGUGUAAUCCCCGACCCAGUGGAAAUCCUGCCCAUGCAUCAGCUGAGAUUGAGCAUGUAUAACCACGACUCCUUUUAUAUGGUGACGGAAGCCUAAAAAUGGGAAUGGAUUUCGUCAGUGAGAGUGAGCUUCUUCUAGUCGUAUUAAAUUUGAAUAAUUUCCUUAGAUGGUGAGGAUUUUCCAGAUGGACCAUGACAAAAUUUGAGUGCAAAUAUCCAUUGUGAACAAUCAGCACAUUGGUACCGAAUACAUCGAAGGUCAAACAAAAUGUUAUGAUUAAGUUCGUAUUUCACGUGUAUUGUUAUCUUUUUCAGUACUAAUUUAAUGUGGCGUGACGUUCAGCAUAUUAUAGCAAACAGUGCAAGAGCAGCGCCGGGUGGGGUCUUCCUCGAACGUGGAAAGUGGCAGCAAAACAAAGCAGGAUUUUACUUUAGUAAGUUUUAUGGCUUUGGACUCAUGGACGCUGGCAGGAUGGUGAAUCUAGCAAAGAACUGGACUCAAGUCCCGCUACAGCGGAAAUGCGAAAUUGCAGGGAGUGGAAGGUACAUGCAAGUUUUUAUUUUAAACUCCUUUUGGCUUCGCUUACACGGCCGGCCACAUGAAUAUUCGAAGGCUAUCGGACUUACAGGACGUGGACGCGGACCUCGCUUCCGUUGUAGUUUAUAUAUAUAGAUGUAUAUAUAUAUAUUUAUGUGCCAAUGGAUAUAAACAACCAUCUGCCGUUUUCGCUGAACAAAUCAAUUUUUUUGAAAAAGUUGAGAACUGUCUGAUGUACCGUCAGAACAAUAUAUGUCAUUUUGUGAAGCUCUUAACAGAUAUUUUGCAAAUACGGUGGCUAUUUUGAAUAAGGUAAAAUUUUGCGUGUAGUACAUUUAUAGUAGUUAUUUUAGAACUUAUGGCUCAAUGGAAAAUGCUUUUUACAGCAGUUAACCUACUCACUACAACAUUUUCGUUUUCAGGCAAAUCCCAAAUACAGUUUCAGUGGAGGUGAAAAAUUGCGAGAUCAAGUUCCUGGAACACGUGCAGAUCAGAGUAGAUCUUAAUUUCUCUCGCCGUGGUGACUUGUUACUUCAUUUAAAGUCACCGAGUAACACAACCUGUCCAUUGACGCGAGACCGCUUUGCAGAUAACUUUCAGAAGUUCACGAACUUGACAGACUGGUUCAUUACAACUUUGUUUCACUGGGGAGAGAAUCCUACAGGGAAAUGGGAGCUCAAGAUUAGUGAUGCUGACCCACGAAACCCAAGUGCAGGUUCAACAUAUUCUUUACAACUAGAUGUUGUUAGUUACUGUUGUAAUUUUUUUCUUGUGGCUGUUUUCAUUUGUGGUUUUUCAACUUGUGGAUACACGUAGUACUUUUCAGGACGGGGAUCGUCGGUAACAAAGGUGUACAUUGUGUUUGUACCACAAAGUUUUAGUGGCGAUUAAUAAAUAGCGAAGAAGACAAGUCUGUAGACAACACGCAUGAAUAGUAAUGUAACUUCUCAGAAUGUUACUUUUAUCUUGUCCUCCGAUUUGGUGGAAGUUUUAGUGCCAUUUAUCGCGCUUUAAACCACGAUGAUAGAAAAUUCUAAAUACCCUCACACCCUCCUGGUGACCCUACCGAAUGGAUGUAGCUUUUGGACAUAUUUUUUUAAAUUGAUCCAAGACUCAUUCAAGCAGAGCUAUGAAAAACCACUUUAUUCUUUCAUACAAUAUUGUUUUCUUGUAUCAUAUAACUACAAUAAAUUCUAAACAGCGUAUCCACGAGUUAGCAAUAUUUUCACUUUGAUUUGUAUAUGUUUUUGUAUGUCUCAAACUUUUGGAUUACUUUAAAAUUUGUGCAGUAGUUUUACUUCAUACGCGUUGUUUAUUUUCCAUUCUGGAAAUUUUUUCUCAACAAGGUAGUUUUAACUUGAGCACAUAUUUUGUCUGCGGAAAGCUGGAAGGAUGAGUUAUUUCGUUUUGCUUUGACAAAUCUCCAUUUCUCCGCGUUAGACUUGGAAGUUGGUUAAACUUUAUUAACAUCAAUUUGAUAACCAAGCCUUUCACGUGCUUACAGAUACAACAAUUCAUUUUUGUUAAGUUAAUAUUUUCGCAACGGUGGAGUUAUUGUUGUUCCUAUAGCAAUGUUGUCUUUUAUUUUGGUUCUUAAGGUAAACUUCAUAGCUGGUCUUUGAUAUUGUAUGGUACAUCAUCCCCUCCGCUCAAACCCGGAGUCGAAGAGGACAUCCAACCAACAAGCGUCAUUUCAACCAAAGCAAAGAAUACAGGAAGCACAAGGAAGGAACCUUCACCAACAUCCAAACCAACCGAACAAGGUAGCUUAAUCUUUUUUUUGUUGCACUCAUAG